AUGUCGCUCCCGGUCCUCUCGUACGCGACCGCGCACGCCGACCCACCCGAGUUCAUCCGCCAACUGCGCCACGCCCUGCUCACGACCGGCUUCCUGUACCUCUCGUCGAUCGACGCCGUGGUGCCCGACUGGCGCGCCUCGUGGGACGCCGCGUUCGCGGCGUCGGCCGACUUCUUUGCGCACGACGAGGCGACAAAGGUCGAGGGGAUUGGCAUGGCGAGGUCGAGACACUUUCGCGGGUACUCGGCGUACGGCGUCGAGGUGACGCAGGGGCGGCAUGACUUGAGGGAGCAGAUUGACCUUGGGCCCGACACGGAGCCGGCGGUCGAGUACCCGCCGCCGCCCGGAACCCGGAUCGAGCGCGUCCUGUACGGCCCGAACCAGUACCCUUCUUUCGUCCCCGCGCUCGAGCCCGCCCUCCGGCACUGGCACGCCCUCUGCACCUCGAUCUCCUGCGUCCUCCUCUCCCUCCUCGCCGAGUCCCUCACCCCCUCGCCCUCCCGCCUCACGUCCCUCUUCGCGACGCGCCCCGACCGCGAGGGCGAGCCCGCCUACUCGCGCAUGAAGGUCGUGCGGUACCCGCCCGUGCGCCCAGGCGACGACGACGAGGGCGGCGGGCUCGGCGUCGGCGCGCACAAGGACGGUGGCGGGUUGACGCUGCUCGCGCAGGACGCGACGGGAGGGCUGCAGGUGCAGCUGUGGGACGGCGAGUGGGUCGGGGUCGAGCCGAGGGAGUACGAGCUCGUCAUUAAUGUCGGGCAGGUCGUCGAGCGCUUCUCGGCCGGCCUGUACGCGGCGACGACGCACCGUGUCCUCCCGACGCGCUCCUCCUCAGCGCGCCUCUCGAUCCCCUUCUUCUUCUGCCCGCGCCUCGACGCCCUCGUCCCCGUCCUCUCGCCCUCCGACAUCCAUCCCGCGCUCCUCGACGAGGCGGCGCGCACGGCCAACGGCGCAGAGAAGAAGAGCGAGGUGAGGCAGGGCGACCUGCACGAGGAGGUGUUUGGGCUCGCGGCGUGGAGGGGCAUCACGAGGAGCCAUGGCGACGUGUGGACCAAGUUCUACGGGCGCGAGGUGGAUCCGGUCGGCGGGCCCGAGGUGCUCGCUUGAGCGGAGGACGCUCUCUAUCUCUCUCUCGACGGGCGCUCGCUCUCUCUCGCGGCACUCGUAGAGAUGGGAAUGGAACUGCGAUGCACUUGUCGAGCUACGUCGCACCCUU